AUGCCGCGGGACUCAGAGAACAUCGAGCUGCACGAGCGUAUCAACCGAUCCUACGAGCUCUACCCCCUGAGCAAGGACGAGGUGGACACCUGCCGCGCCCUCCUCACCCCCAGCAAGCAUACCUCCAUCAUGGUGAUGCCCACCCACCACAUCAACGAGCUCGGAGAGUUCCAGGGCUUCCGCUUCAACGCCGGCUCCCAGGUGACCGCCGAUGUCCUACCAAUCUCCAGGAAGAUGUUCUUCGGGUUGACCAUGACGGAGUGCAUAUCCCCCGAGUCCGAUGGCUCCAAGGGUGUCAAUCCGAAGGCCAUCGAGCUGCUCUCCAACAUCGAGCUCUGCAAGGAGAAGAUCCAGAAGGUCCUCACCACCAUCCAGCAGGAAUCCCUCCACAACAAGGCAUCCUUCCAGUGCAUGCCGGUCAACGCCUACACCUACGAGCCGCCCGAGUUCAUCGGCAUCUACCACGGCUUCACCCGAGGCUUCAUCAAUGACAUCCGAGAGCACAAGCUCUACAUCGUCUGCUCGGGGGGGCUGAACUACGCAGCCCAUGAUUUCUACAACAUGAUCCUCGACAUGGGCGACAAGGUCACCACGGCGGAGCUCUGCGAGAGCGAAGAGGUCCACUGGCUGAGGAAGGCGUCCCAGCGCGCCCGGGCCAAGAUCAUCAAGAUGGUGGCAGACGAGUUCGGGCUGGAGAUCCCCGUGGAGCUCGACAUGCACGAGCACUCGAGCUCGGGGUGUUACAUCGCCUCCCCCACCACAGAGACCCUCUUCCAUGACAUCCAGAAGACGUCCAUGGACAUCAUCUCGGUCUACAACCAUUCUUGCAACACCGAGAGCGUGGACAACGGCAUCCUCUGCCCCAUGCACCCCUGCGAGGGCAUAUGGCUCUUCAAGGGCUCGAGGAUCAACUACAACGGCUACCAGUCCUACGGCACCGGCUUCGGCACCCAGUUCAUCUGCGGCGCCUUCCCCACGGGCUCCUACCCCAUCGCCAGGGUGAGGAGGACCGUCAGGGGCUUUUAUGAAUCAAGGAGGGACAACGUGAAGGUUUCCACGAUCUCCAUGGACAUCCACCAGCACAACGUCGUCACCAUCCCCGGGAGCAUGUUCGAGCUGGAGAACCAGGACACAGAGAGCCUAGAGCUCCACAAGGAGUACUUCUCCUUUGACGAGCCCUUCAUUAAGAACCUGGAGAAUAUGCAGUGGAACAGGGACAAUGGGGUGGUGGAGCUCAUGCCCGUGAUCGUGGGGCUGGGCUGA